GUUGUAUAACAUGCCUGAUACAAUGUAAUUCACCUGUGAUUAGGCCGCACUAAUUACCUGAUAAUUUAUUAUGUAAAUAUGUUCACCAAUAUACCUAAAGCUGACUAACAAUAUUGUCCUUCGGUAAUGACCUGAUAAUAGAUUUUAUACAGACAUGGUAAAACCCCAGGAGUUGGGAUAUAGGGGGUAGCAUUCCUUUAGGGUCAUUGUUUGUCUGGCCCUUUAUUUAUCUACAGAAAGGGCUGGGUCUGGCCCUCUAUGAUUAGCAGGAAGGACUGGGUUGGUGCCUUUGUGGUACAUGACUAACAGAUAGAGGUAAUCAGAUUGUUGGUUUAUUUACAUGUAUCCUAGCUAGUAAUGCUAGCAUGGAAGUGUAAACGGAGACCGGUUACUAACGAAAACAGAUUGUCACAGCAGCUGAGAUAAAUAAACACACCCCAAGGGCGAGGCCUGCAUUUCAUCAUCUUCGUGUUGAAAACAUGCGGAAACCAGGUCAAUGUCCCAUUAAAAUCAGAAAAAAAAUAAAGAAAUGUAAAAUAAAUGGUUUCUCCAUGUCAAAUUUAAAAAGAAGAAAAAAAAAUCCCCCACCGAAGAGAAAAGAGUCAUGGGAUUGUUUGGAAAAAGGCAUUUAGUCUUAAAUCAAUAGGGUUUUUUUCAAGGAUUUUUCUACUUUGAAGUAUGUUUCAGAUGUAAUUCAAAAGGGAAUUUUCAAGGGAUGAAUACGAGAUAUUUGUUAAGGGGAAGAAUUACAGUCCCGAAUGCUUGAGUCAACAAGGGUUUUAUAACAAGGAAGAUACCACUUCCUCAACAAACUAAGCUGAUAAGAGGUUUAAAAUGUUAUUUACGUUUCUACCAAGGAACCGUUUAUGUAAUUGCCUUUGCUUGUAAUUUGUUUGCCUCUGUCAAUGGUCCGGAGACUGUAUCCAAUUAGUGAACUGUCACUCUUCUCGAAAGUUCCCCUACCCAGGGGCAUGCACACACAUAUAGGUAUAAACACAUGGUCUGUCUCAUGGACGUGUCGUUUGAAUUAUGGCUCCGGAUUUUAAUUGGACUAGCAUUCACCGGAUGUUACACAGAAGUUCCACGUGUUCGGUAUUACAGGAUAAGAGAGGUUUCCAAUGACUCAUAGAUUUGUAAACAUGUCAGUCACAGGUUUAAAUUCGUACAGUUUUCAUGAUAAUAUACAUGUUGAAAUAUAUCGGACAGAUAUAUAUCUGAGUUCAGGGCUGAUAUAUAGUGACAGGGUCCUCUCAGUAUAUAGGUAUACACAGUUCUAUAUAUACACCAAUUCUGUUAAAGGUAACAGGGUCUAUGUGACUUAUAGCAGGCGGCAGAAAUCGCACAACAUACCUAUAUGUAUAUAGAAUACACUCCUGCUAUGCUCAUUGCAGAAUAGACAUGAAAAUGUAUUACUACCCAUGUGCUACAACAGUUAAAUUGAAUUUUAUUUGGUGAGGAAUUUAAAUUAUUUCAUUGAAGUUUGAAAAGUCUUUUGUGGUGCAAAGCAUAUCUUCAUUUGACUGUUUGCUGUGGGUAUAGGAGUUUAAGAGAGACUAUUUGCUGUGAGCAGAUCUCAAGGCUGGUUGUGGCUGAGUGAGCACUAUCAUACACACAGGCUAGAGAGCUAUACACACAAGCCCCACUCAAGCUGUGGCUAUCAGUACAGACAGCACAGCAGACCCGUACACAUGUGUUACUCACUGUGUCAGGAAAUACAACAGGAAAAUGGACAAUAACACUUAAAACCGCUCACUUUACAAUAUGACAGUGCCUCUGGAUUAUUUUACCACAUCCAACAUUGGAAAUUACAUAGAAAAAAAACCUGUAUUGGAAAUUUUUAGUAACUCUUGUGUUCAAAUUUGGAAAGAAAAAUUGUGACAUUUAUUAGAGUACAUUUGAAUUGUACAGAUGGAAACUGAUUAAAAGUUUCGCUGUUUCGUGUGAUCAUUGUGAAGGAUUUUAACAAUGGGUGCCAACAAUUCUCAAAUUCAUGAUCGGCAGUCUGAUCCGAGAGUUUUUAUUCAGCGAGGCGAUGCAAGUACAAGAUUGGAAUAUCAUGGAGUCUGCUAUCAGGAAGGCAAGCCGUCCACACCAGAUGGUGUUCCUUUUGUGAAGAAUAUCUCGCAUAAUUGUCUUACACUCAGCUGGCUAGCUCCCAAGGGAUUCCCGGCCAAAUCAAUACUUGCCUAUCAAAUUGAAGUCUACAAUGUGUUCGAGCGUCGAUGGAAGGUCGUUACUAAUUCUUGCCAAGGGACAAGCUACGACGUGAAAAACCUAGUGCCUGACACGGAGUACAGAUUUCGAGUGAGAGCUGAAAACUUGUACGGCCGAAGUCGACCCGGUCAUGUUUCUCCCGUUGUUAGGACGAGAGACAUCAGUGAGUGUUCACAACAAACAGACAAAACAUUCCAAAAACCGCAGAAAAUUGUACGUAGACACAGUCACCAUAUUAAAGUGGACGGAGGAGUGGCUACAUUGCUGAAACGUACAGAGGAGAGCAAGUUCGAGAACCAUAUUGGAACAAUCCCCCUCAAGCGAAACAGCAGCUUGCGAGGGUCACUUCCUGUCCAGAGACGGUCAGUCUCGGCAGUGUUUCCCGGGUCAAGACGUGACAGUGGUAUUAGUCUGCGUGAAUCACGCCGGUCACUCGAGGAGUCAUCCAUUGCCACGGGCGACUCCUCCGUUACAACAGGAGACGAUGAAAGUGCAUCCGGUUCUCUGCGGUUGAAACGUUUCUCAAAUAUGUCAACUUCUACAACAACAGAAGAAGAAUCUUGUAACCAAUCGACUUCUGCGUCCUCCAUGACUUCAAUUCCAGAAGAAGCAGAUGUGUUGGAUAACUACACCAUUCCAGAGGAAGAAGAUUUUCUUACUUCUCAGCUAGAUGUGGACGAUUCAAACUGGAAGUUAACGGGUCCCUGGACAUUUUCAGACAAUAACAAAGGCAAGGAAGAUAACUCUCAAUGGAAUGCUUCUUCAAGAAACAAUUCGCAACAGUGGCAAUCGCCAAAUAAUGACAAUCAGUGGAAAACGCAGUCACCGGAAGAAGAUCCCUGGAACCUUGGCCUUGACUGCUGGGGGUCCCCAGGGGGAGGUAACUCUCACUCACAGGACAUAAUGUCUGCCCCUUAUUCAGAUGACACUAAAAUUGCUUGGUGUACUCCCCCUUCCAAAGAUAAAGGUCUGAAAUCCUACAAUUGUAAGGAAGAAACGCAAGUUUGGAAAGGACAGAGCGGUUACCAUAACAACAAAAAUUUGAGUUCGUUUCAGAGUAUGUUUAGUGAUGACGAUAUUGUGAUAAAAAAUUUAAGUUCUGAUAGUAAUGGGAAUUAUUCUUUUGAUCCAAAGGACAGACAGUGCUGCGUUAUCGAGGAAGACGAUGAGGCAAUAGAUCUUGUGUCAGCCGUAUGAUGACAUUUUUCGUUGCCAUGGAAACAAUAAAUCUUUGAACUUACCAAAUACCCAAGUGCCAUUUUCAUUGCCUAGAUGGAAUAUAUGAUAGUGCUUUACUCAACAGCACGGACCAAAUACGCAAGUCUGGAGUGCAUGUGAUAUCUGAAUGUUCAUUGGACAAAAAUUGACCAAUCAUGAACCAACGAAAUAUGAAAUAUGUGAUUACAACUUCAUUGGAAUUAUUAAUGAACCAUUCAGAUUUGUGAUAUGAACCUUUUCAAUGGAUUAAUUUAUAUAAAACCAAAAUGGUUUAACUUUACUGUUGUUGAACUGUAUUUUUUACAUUUUAUACCUUAAUGUCUCAAAUUGAUAUCAUGAUGCAUUUAUAAUUUCUUCUCAUCAAGGAACAAAAAGACGUGGUGACAAUAAGUUAGAUCUGUCUUGAUCUUCAAAAUCUGGAAACCUGAUACAGUGUAUUUUGAUUUCAAUUCAAAAAUAUUUUUGUGGAAGAAAGAAAAACAAAGAUAAUAUCAAAUUUUCUGGAAAAUUCUUAAUUGUAAAAUCUGUGCCUUAUACAGGGUCUCAAUCAAGUUUAUAUUACAUGUGAAUUUUAUGGAACAAACUUCAGAUGAAAUAGGAACAAGUUUGAGAUUCUAUUUAUCAUAACCUCAACUGAAGUAUGCAGAUUCAUGAAGUAAUUUGUGGAAAAUUGAAAACUGGAAAAUUGAAAGAAAACCAAAUUUUGGCUGGUUUUACGUACAUAUGUUUAUAUACUGCAUAGUAGCCUGAGGAUAUGAUACAUUUUUGAUGAUAUUUUAAUUGCUAAUUUAGUUUCAACACUUAAUAAACUAGAGAAAAAUAAUUGGGACAUAUAUUAUUCAACACCAUAUAUAAAGUACAUCUCUGAAGAAAUAUAAUGAUUCACUUUUCAAAACACUGGUCUUUAUAAUUUUACUGAAACUGCUACUUCUUCUAAAUUUAUUUGUCCCGCUUUUUAUCAUAUCAUAC